GUGAAGAGACACUGAGGAGGACAGUAUAGUAUGCCAUUAGCUCAUUUGGGGUCUCUCCUGGCUCCUGCACCUGGGACAGCUGGUGUGAUUCCUUUUCUCUCUGACUAGAACACCCAUCCAUCCAUAAUGGAUCUGUCGUCUGUGUCCAUAUAACAUGAGAGCAUUGCACUGGCACACAUCCAUGGCCCUCGUACUCGCUUUGGCUCUCAGUCUCCUCAAGCUGGGCUCAGGUCAGUGGCAAGUAAUUGGGCCAGACAAGCCUGUCCAGGCCUUGGUGGGGGAGGAUGUGGUGUUCUCCUGCUUCCUCUCUCCUGAGACAAACGCAGAGGCCAUGGAAGUGAGGAUUUUCAGGGACCAGUUCUCUGCCAUCGUCCACCUCUACCAAGAUGGGAAAGACCAGGAAUAUAUGCAGAAGCCAUCCUACAGAGGGAGAACUGAGCUGAUGAAGGAUUUCAUUGUGGACGGGCAUGUGUCCCUGAGGCUGAAGAAAGUCACUGCCUUGGAUGCUGGCCCGUACGGGUGCUGGUUCAGCUCCCAGACUUAUGACCAGGGGACCACUUGGGAGCUCCAGGUGUCAGAGAUGGGCUCAGCUCCUCUCAUUUCACUCAAUGGUUUUGCUGAUGGAGGCAUCCAGCUACUCUGCCAGUCCUCAGGGUGGUUUGCUCAGCCCACAGUGAAGUGGAAAGGUCCACAGGGACAUGAUAUACCCUCAGACUCCAAAGUGAAUGUGGACAGACAUGGCCUGUUUGGUGUGGAGACUUCUCUUACACUCCAAGAAAAUUUGGGUAGCAUAUCGUGUUCCGUCCAACUCAAUGACCAGAGCCCAGAAGUGAAAUCCAGCAUAUGGUUAGGAGAAAUGUUUUUCCAGAGUUCACCCUGGCUCCCAGCUUUUAUCUCACUGACACUGCUCUGCAUUGGUAUAUCUGUUGGCAUCAUUGUGGUGAAGAUUUUAUUCUCCAAAUCCCAGGGGAAAAUCCAGGCAGAACUGGGGACACUCCAGGAAAAACUGGAAUGGAGAAAGAAGCAUAGACAGGCAGAUUUAAGAGAGGUCCGGAAACAUGCAGUGGAGGUGACUCUGGACCCAGACACGGCUCACCCUCAGCUCUACGUUGCUGAUCUGAAAACUGUUUGCUAUAUAAAUGCUCCCCAGGAGGUGCCCCACUCACAGAAGAGAUUUACAAGGAUGUGUGUGGUGGCUUCUCAGGGUUUUCAGGCAGGGAAACAUUACUGGGAGAUAGAUGUGAGACACAAUAAAAGGUGGUACUUGGGAGUGUGCCGGGAUGAUGUGGACAGAACUAGAAAGAAUGUGAUUUUGUCUCCUGACAAUGGGUACUGGGUCCUUGGACUGGAGAUGGAUUGGUAUUUUACAUUCAAUCCUUAUGGAAUCAAUCUCUCUCUAAGAAAUACCCUUUCACAAGUGGGGGUCUUCCUGGACUAUGAGGGUGGGACUAUCUCUUUUUUCAAUAUAAAUGACCAGUCCCCCAUUUAUACCAUGACACAUCGGUUUGAAGGCUUAUUGAGACCCUACAUCCAACAUGAGGCCUAUGAAGAUGAAACUGUGACUCCCAUAGUCAUCUGUCCAGUGCCAUACCCUUCUGCAUAGAAAACAGCACCGUUCCUGCAGGUGGCCAUGCCCCUCAUCUGCAGGAGUGCUGCCCGGAGGGAAUCAUGACCCACAAUCUCAUUUACACUACUGAGAUUUCUCUUCCAGUCCCAGAGCCCAACACAGCCAGCAGUGAUGGGCUACAGAUGAGAGGAGACCCACCUAUUCAUGCAUGGGGAGGGAGGAAAGAAGAAGGUAGAACUGCAUUUAGUUUGUGAAAACUUUAUUCAUCUAAGAGAUCUUAGGCUUGGUGCCUGUAGCUUAGCGUCCAAGGUGCCAAUCACGUACACCAGAGCUGACUGGUUUGAAUCCAGCCCAGGCCUGCCAAACAACAAUGACAACUACAACCAAAAAAUAGCCGGGCAUUGUGGCGGGCAUCUGUAGUCCCAGCAACUUGGGAGGCUGAGGCAAGAGAAUCGCUUAAGCCCAAGAGUUUGAGGUUGAGGUGAGUACUAGUACUUAUCCAGGGCAACAACUUGAGACUCCAUCUCAAAAAAAAAAAAUCUUAGAUGAGUCAUAAACCUCCCAGACUCCUUACUUGUUCAUCAGGGACAGUGAUUUCCACCUCAGGACUCAUAGUGAAGUUUAAAGAGAAAAUAAAUGUGAAUAAGGCUUACAUUUUGUCAAAAUGCAAGUAUUUGGCUAAUGAUGUGUUCUUAAAUUACACUUUUCCCCAGUAAAAUUUCUGUUUAUUUAUUUUAUGUUAGUUAAUUUUCUGUACUUCAAAUAACCCAUGGAAUGUGUAUUGAGCACAUACUUUCUGCCAGGUUCAAAGAAUUAAAGAGGACAGAGCACUUCCUUAUGGUAUAAGAAAUGUAUUACCCUGAUAACAAAACUAGCCAAAACCAUUAGAAGAAUAGAAAACUACAGAUUAACAACUUUCACGAACAUAAAUACAAAAUUUCUAAGUGGUUUAACCUAGUGAUGCAGGGUUGGUUUAAUAAACCAAACAUUAACCAGUAUAAUCUACCACAUUAGCAAACUGGAUGAUACAGAGAACGUUUUGAAUUCAGCUUAUUAUACUGAAGGAAAAACUACUGUCUCAAAAAUGUUAUACACUGCAUGAUUUUAUUUACAAAAUAUUCUCAAUAUGCGGUGAAGGAGAACAGAUGAGUGAUUGCCAGAAGUUAGGGAAGGGGAGUGUGGAUGUCCUUAUAAAGGAGAAGCAUGAGGGAGACGUGUAUGGUGAUGGAACAGAAUCAAGAUGGCGGUUAUAUGAAUGUACACAUGUAACAAAAUUACAUAGAAUAAUGCAUACAUGUUCAUACA